AUGCACAUACUUGAGCCGACCAAACUCAGCAAUCUGGGUGACAUUGGUCUGCCAAAGCUCCAAGGCCCUAAGGCCUCUGGGGUUUACCCCUGCCAGCAAAGGUGCAGCGAGCACGUGACAGUCGUCACACAACUCGACAAUGUCAUGAGCCUCAGUUGGUCCACCCUGAUUACCCACCAGAGCAGCCACACAGGAGAACAGCCCUACGAGUGUGGGAAGUGUGGGAAGAGCUUCAGGACGAGCUCUGAUCUGAUCUGCCACCACAGGAGCCACACUGGGGAACGACCCUACGAGUGUGGGCAAUGUGGGAAGAGCUUCAGCCACAGCUCCCACCUGAUCUGCCACAUGGGAAUCCACACUGGGGAGCAGCCCUAUGAGUGUGGGCAAUGUGGUAAGAGCUUCAGUGAGAGCUCCAACCUGAUCCGCCACUGGAGAAUCCACACGGGAGAACGGCCUUACAAGUGUGAGGAGUGUGGGAAGAGCUUCUGUGAGCAUGCCAACUUGACUGUCCACCAGAGGAGCCACACUGGGGAACGGCCCUAUGAGUGUGACAAAUGCAGCAAGAGGUUUCAGACCAGCUCCAGUCUCCUCCAGCACCAGCGCAUUCACACAGAGGAGAGGCCCUUCCGCUGCCAUGACUGCAGCAAGGGCUUUAGGCACAAGUGCAGCCUCGUCACUCACCAGCGCAUCCACACCGGGGAGAGGCCCUACGAGUGUCCCCAGUGUGGGAAGAGCUUCUCACAGAGGUCAGCCUUGACCCAACACCAAUGCAGCCAGCACUGAGGGAAGCCGUGGGAGUGCCCUGAGUACAGGAACAGCUUUGUGUGCUGCUCCAGCUCCCCAGCUCCAUCCCCCACAGGAGGAUCCAUACUGGAUGAUCCCCAGUGACCCCCGGUGCUGGGGCAGAGCCCCAGUGAUCCAUGCUGCUGGUGAUCCAUGUUGGGAAGACACCUGGCUGGGGGCUCCACAUUCUCCUGGCUCCCUGUGGGCACCUGGACACAUCCACUGACCAACAUCAGAAAUCCAUUGUGGAGAGCAGAUUUGUCAACUUCUGACCCCAGAAAAAUCUUACUUUUUGUGUCUUUUGAUGGCAUCAAGUAACACUGGCUGGCCUUUGAGGUCUUCUCCAACAUAAAUCCAUCCUUUUAGUUCUCUCUGGCCCAUGGGAAUCUUCCACAGCCAAAUGGGGUUG